AUGAAAUCAAAUCUUCUUUUCCCUACCCUUACACUUUUCCUGAUCCUUUUCAUCCUCUCUUCUUUCACAAUUGCGAUUCCCACAACCGUCAACAAUCCCAGACCUGAAACCAAACACUCCACAAAUGACAAAGAUAACAAGCAAGAAGUCGAAAAGGUUCCAGAAUCUUUGGACGAAGAAUCCGAUGACUAUGAUAUUGAUGGCAAUGACGAAGAAGACGACAAUAAACCUGAACUCAGACGUAGAUAUUAUCAUUAUCAUGGAUGGAGGAGGCCUUAUCAUUAUCGCCCAUAUGGUGGCUACAGAUUCGGACAUCAUGGGUAUGGUGGGUACGGGUAUGAUGGGUAUGGGUACCAUGGAUGUCGUGGGUAUUAUGGUUCUCCAUUUUUCGAACGACCACGUUUUUGA